AUGCCGAAUCGGAUACUGGUCAUCGGGCUGCUCGCCGGCUUCUUGCCAGCGGCCCUCGGCUGUAUGGCCGGCUACGAGGACGAGCGUGAUCGUCUACGGGAACAUCUCGGAAUCGAGUGGCUGCCGCACGGGUUGGAUAAAACUGCAGUCAGCGACAAGACAAUCCGCCGGUCGACAGAUUUGAAUUGUGACUUUAGCAGCCCGAAGGAGUGCCGGUGGAAAAAUAUGGAGGCGAGGCACGAGAUGGAUUCGCUGGAUUUUCAUCUUUUUGAAAAGGUGGACUGGACGGAAUUCCCGGCUCUCCAAGUCAGGCCGGGCCCCAGCAAAGUCGCCCAGGGCGAUAAGAUGAUCUUCACUGGCGACAGGAAAAGAGAAGAACAAUCUGCCAUUUACUACAGCUCACCCAUCGGCUGCCAGAAUGCCACCGGGAAUUUGACGUUCACCUUCUGGGUGUACAAUGAUGCCCGGGUGGAGGUGCUGCUCCUCGAGGAUCGGCCGGGCGGCAAGCUGAAGGAGCUGGCCGAGAAGCCGUAUGUUGAUUGCGGGACAAUCAGUCUGAACACCGAGUGCCAUGCCGACAUCCCAGCUCGGCAGACGCCCUUCCGGUUGGCCAUCCGGGCGUAUGAUAUUGCCAAUAAGGAAGGCUCCUUCGUGAUGGUCGACCAAAUCAUGUACUCGGCACCGUUGUGUAAUGUUGGAGUUGAUCUCGGCGACAACUUCUUGACAAAACCGCUGAUCACGGCAGCUAUGGGCAAGGACAUCUCCCUGGCGAGCCAGCUCGACUGCGCCGAUUUCGACGAGAAAUGCCGGUGGAGGAGUGGCGGCCAGUCGGAUAAGAUGUGGCGUCGAUCCACUUCGCCUCUACCUCGAGAAUUCCUUUACAAUACUACUGGAAGUUAUAUGGGCCCAUCGGGAGCCUAUGCUGUGCUUUACAUCGAUCAGGGCUCCAAGAGGCCCCUCGACGUCCUAAAAGCCGACCCAAUCCCGUGCCAAAGCCAGACCGAGAACAAGCUAUCAUUCAGAUGGUGGGCAACCCGGGACGUCCGUCUCGAGAUUCAAAUCCGUGUGGCGAGCUUCAGUCCAGAUUUCGACAGCGUCGUCAUCAUUGACGAUUUGACGUACAGGGCGACGCUAUGUACGGACCCGCUGUCUGUUGAACUUGUUCCUGACGUCUGGCAGGUGGGCCAUGGUCCGCUUAAUGAGGAGAAGCUGUACUCGUUGAGUGGCCAGACUCGGACUCCAGACGGCGAGUUCGCGGUGGCCAAGUUCGAGACGGGCGGCUCGUCGCUGUUGCUCUCGGAGGUGAUCCGCUGCGUGCUGGACGACGUCUCGAUCUCGUUCAACAUGUGGGCCACGGGGACGGCGUCGUUGCAGGUGUGUCUGGUGGAAGAAUCGUCGCCAUCGCUGCUCGAUUGCCAGCCGGCCGCCUCGGGACCGGGUUCCGUCUGCCCGGCCUUCGCACGCCAGUUCGCCUCCAAACAUUUCAGCCCGUCCGUCGAGCACCCAGACCCGAACGUGUGCCGCCUGUUGUCCUGCGACUUCUCCCAUGGCCACGCCUGCCUCUAUACGCACAAUACCGUACCCGGAUCCGCACCGUUCAGGGUAACCAAUGCCGGUGCUCGAGCCACGAUCUCAAAAGGGCGCCCGGUAGCCGUCCUCGAAUCGGUCCCAUUCCGCCUGAAUACCAUCGGACGGUUGCACUUCACGUAUGCCACUACGGGCGAUGCUUCGCUGUAUGUGUGCAAUGACAGUGUGAAAAAGGAGCUGGAGAGUUGCUUCAAGGUAGAAGGCUCGGAUGGCGAAGAUUACAUCGAACUGCUGCCGAGUGAUACAAAGGUGUACCUAAUCGGCCGCCUCUCCGAGCAUUCACUCGAUUUGGGCUCGUUGCGGAUCAUGAACUUGACGCUGACCGAUACCAUCGACGAGCCGGCAUGC